CGGGAGCUGGGUGAUGAGGCCGGAGUCGGUGCUGCGGAGCCUCGGUGCGGGAGCGGAGCGGGGUCGCGGCCUGGUGCCGGGAAGGCUUGGUGCGGAGCGGGAGGGUGGUCACAGCCCGCCGCCGAUGUAAGGGUCUGGCAGCCCUCGUGGGCUGCUUCUCCCGGGGAGACGGAGCCGCUGCAGCGGCGGACCGGGCAGUGGACGCUGGUUGUAUAGCCCAUACCCCACGAACGCGACUUCCUGCUGGUGAGGCAGCCACCGGCAUGGACAACGGGUGGGUUCUUGGUUCGGCCGAGACUCUGCUACGGUUCCCGGGGCGCCGCGCUAGCAGCGGAGGUCGAGCAGUGGGUCUGUCCGGUUGCACGGCACGGAUUGCCUAGCUUGCAUGGAGGGGCUUCAACUCCGAAGAGCUGAAGCUGCCGGUGCCACUAAGUGGCGAGGGAUCGGCAGAGCGCUGAGCACCGGCUACUGCCGCCUCUGCCACGGGAAGUUCUCCUCCCGGAGCCUGCGCAAUGCCUUUGGGAAGGUGCCGGUGAUGGGGGAGAACUCGGAGAAGCAGCGGCGUGCGGAUCAGGUCUUCUUCGCCGACUUCCAGCGGCUGGUCGGUGUGGCGGUGCGGCAGGACCCGGCGCUGCCCCAGUUUGUCUGCAAGAAAUGUCACGCCCAGUUCUACAAGUGCCGCAGCGUCCUCAGGACCUUCAUCCAGAGGGUCAACGCCUCCCCCACCGGGCACCUGAAGUCAAAAGGAAAGAGUGGCGCAGCACCAGCCCAGCUGGGUGCCGAAGGAGAUGCCUCUUGCCUGGUGGACCUGAUCACCUCGAGCCCACAGUGCCUGCACAGCCUGGUGAUGUGGACGCACAGCCACGCCAGCAGCUGCCCGUCGGUGCCCAGCCUGCAGAGCGUCCUCUCCUCCGAGUACUGCGGCAUCAUCCGCGCCGUCUGGGGCUGCGCCGAGGGCCACGACUACGUCAUGGACACGGACUCGGACUGCAGCACCGUGCUGCUGGACAAGGCCUUGGCGGGCAAACGGGAGCAGGGCACGGCACGGCGCUUGACGGACAACGGGGCAGACAAUGCCGAGGCUGUUCCCGCUCCCAAACCCCAGCAUGCUCCAGGAAGGACCCCUCCUUGCCAGCAGCCUGCAAACAAAGGGGCAGCCUCGGUGCCACCCGCUGUGGAGGCUGAGCCGCCGCUGCCACAGGACAGGGAUUCAUCUCACUUGCAGCUGGAGAGCGUGGCUGCCUUACAGGAGAAGGUUCGGUCGCAGCCUGAGCCACCACUGAGCAGUGCUGCAGGCCAGUUGAGUGGGAAGCAGGUUCCUUCUGCAACGGCGCAUGAGCGGGUAAAAGACGAGUUCAGUGACCUUUCUGAGGGGGACUUCCUGAGCGAUGAUGAAAAUGAGAAGAGAAAUGUGCAAUCUUCAGAUGACUCCUUUGAGCCUUACCCUGAAAAGAAGGUUUCUAGCAAGAAAAGCGAUGGCAAAAAACACAAGAAGGCAGAAGAGCCCAAAAUAAGGAAGAAGCCAGGGCCAAAGCCAGGCUGGAAAAAAAAAAUCAAGUGUGAAAGGGAGGAGCUGCCAACCAUUUACAAGUGUCCUUACCAGGGCUGCACAGCUGUCUACAGGGGGGCAGAUGGCAUGAAGAAACACAUCAAAGAGCAUCACGAGGAGGUUCGGGAGAGGCCUUGUCCUCACCCUGGCUGCAACAAGGUGUUCAUGAUUGACCGGUACCUACAGCGCCACAUCAAACUCAUCCAUACAGAGGUACGGAAUUACAUCUGUGAUGAAUGUGGGCAGACCUUCAAGCAACGCAAACACCUCUCAGUCCACCAGAUGCGGCACUCGGGAGCAAAGCCCCUCCAGUGCGAGAUCUGCGGGUUCCAGUGCCGCCAGCGUGCGUCCCUCAAGUACCACAUGACCAAACACAAAGCCGAGACGGAGCUGGAGUUCGCCUGCGACCAGUGCGGGAAGCGCUUCGAGAAGGCCCACAACCUUAAUGUCCACAUGUCCAUGGUACACCCUCUGACCCAGACUCAGGACAAAGCCAAGCCGCUGGAGCCGGAGCCCAUUCUCCUCCUCAAUCCUUCAGGGACUUCUGAGAGCCAGGAAGUAAAGUCAGAAGUGACGGCGCAGCAGGAGCCCACCUGAGGGGGCAGCAAGUAGGGAGAGGCUGGCCCAGCCCAGCCCAGUAGAACCCACAUGGCAGAGUGGAGAUUCUUUUCAAUCUUCCUUUUAGUCUCCCAAAGAACUCGGUGGAAUUAGCUUCAGCUUGCUCAGACAAAAACAAAGCUUGUCCUCAUGCUGUGAUUCUCCAUGCUCACGUCUGGUCCAGCGGUGUUGUACUCAGUCAGUCUAACCCCGGAGGCAGCAGGGGGCUGGCAGCAGCACCCCGGCCUGCUCUCCCCCACCUCUUUGUCCUGCCCACGCACACGGUUGUGGGUCACAACCGCUCCCUGCCCACGCAGGCUGGUGCUGCCUGUACCCUGCCCUUGCGGGCAGCGGGUGCAGAGGGUGCAGAGGCCAAGGGAGCAACGUUCAGCAGCGUUUUGGCUGGAGGGGAGGAAAUGAUGAAUUCCCAAAGUGAGUCCAGACCGAGAUUUGUAACCUACUUUUUAUUGUAACGAGAGCUUCAUGGUUAUGCUUGUAAUAAAUUAUUUACUAAGUACUUUGAAAGGAGCAGCCCUGCUGGCAAAGGUGGUACCUUGUCUGUCCCGUCUGCCACCCUCAGUGGGUCCUGCUGUGCCCACUGGGCACUCAGAAGAGGAUCAGCUCUUCGUCCAGCUCCAUGGCUGUGGAAGGUCUUGAGAAGUGCACAAGAGUGGCUGCCAGCUCUGCAUCAAGUUUUUCACAUGUGGCCAGGAGCUGGGAAGAGAGGGGAGGUAGCCUGUGUUAGACCUUGUGUUGUCUCAGCGUGAGUUAGAAUAGAACCGUAACAUCGUUAAGGUUGGAGAAGACCUCUGAGAUCAUCAGGGCCAACUUGUCAGCCUAACACUACCAUAGCCACUAAGCCAUGUCCACAAACUCAUGACUGCAUGGGUUUUUUGAACACCUCCCCAGGGAUGGUGACUCCACAACCUCCCUGGGCAGCCUGUUCCAAUGCCUGACCACUCUCAGUAAAUAAACUUUUCCUAAUGUCCAAUCUAAA